AGGUCACUGUGCUCGCGCGGGCGCUUUGCUUGCUAACGGAAAAUGUUAAGAAGACAGUCUUACGUUAGUGCCUGGCUGACUAUCCUUAGACAAGCAUCUUCGUUUCGACAUCUCCCUCUCAAAGAAGUGGUCGCUGGAGUGUCUGGAACCACAUCGAGUACAAACACCUCUAAAAGUCCAACAAAUGCACCCCCACCUCCUCCAGUCCAACCUACUUCUCAACAAAUUGAAGUUUUGGUAGAUGGCAAACCAGUCACAUGUGAACCUGGUAUGACUAUUUUACAGGCAUGCGCUUUAGCUGGUGUACAGAUACCUCGAUUUUGCUAUCAUGAACGAUUAUCGAUUGCUGGCAAUUGUCGUAUGUGUUUAGUUGAAGUGGAAAAGUCGUUGAAACCUGUUGCUAGUUGUGCGAUGCCUGUAAUGCGUGGUAUGAGCAUUAAAACUGAUUCAGAAGUAACUCGUAAGGCACGUGAAGGUGUUAUGGAAUUUCUACUAGUCAAUCAUCCGUUGGAUUGUCCUAUUUGUGAUCAAGGUGGAGAAUGUGAUCUGCAGGAUCAAUCAAUGAAUUUUGGAUCGGAUCGUUCACGUUUUGUUGACAUUCGCUUUACUGGCAAACGUGCUGUUGAAGAUAAAAAUCUUGGUCCAUUAAUUAAAACCAUUAUGACUCGUUGUAUACACUGUACAAGAUGUGUAAGAUUCGCUAAUGAGAUAGCUGGUGUACCUGAUCUUGGGACUACUGGUCGUGGAAGUUCUCUCCAAAUUGGUACCUAUAUCGAUAAACCGUUCUUCAGUGAAUUGUCUGGUAAUGUUAUUGAUCUAUGUCCCGUUGGUGCUCUUACUUCUAAACCGUAUGCAUUUACUGCACGACCUUGGGAGACAAGACGUAUUGAAUCGAUCGAUGUAAUGGAUGCAUUGGGUGCAAACAUUGUAGUCUCUAUGCGUACAAAUCAAGUUUUAAGAAUAAUCCCAAGGUUGAACGAAGAUGUGAAUGAAGAAUGGUUAGCUGAUAAGUCUAGAUUCUCGUAUGAUGGCUUAAACAGACAACGGUUGGUUGUUCCAUUCUUAAAAAAAUCUGACAAAUUAAGCGAAAGUACAUGGGAAGAUGUAUUGAUUAAAAUUGCAGAAAAGUUACUUCCUAUACUUGGAUCAUCUGAAGGAAGUAUACCUCGAGCAAAUCAGGUGGCUGGGCUUGUCGGUCCAUUCGCUGAUGCCGAAUCAAUGAUAGCAUUGAAAGAUCUAAUUAAUCGAUUGAAUUCUGAAUUAGUUUGUACUGAAGAAAGUUUUCCAACAAAUAGUACGGAUCUACGUAGUAAUUAUUUAUUCAACAGUCGUAUUACUGGUAUAGAAGAUGCUGAUCUAGUAUUAUUAAUUGGUACUAAUCCACGUUUUGAGGCACCUUUGUUGAAUGCACGUCUACGCAAAUGUUGGAUACAUAACGAUUUGGAAGUCUUUUUAUUAGGUCCAAAAGUUGACUUAACUUAUGAUUAUGAACAUCUUGGUGAUCAACUUGAAACUUUACAGUCUUUAGCUGUUGGUAAACAUCCAUUGAAUAAGCGUUUAAAUUCUUCGUCCCACCCCAUAAUAAUUUUGGGAAGUGAAUGUUUACAACGUAAGGAUGCAGCGGCAAUUCAUAAUGCUGUACGUCGAAUUUCCGCCAAUUUAAAAGAAACGAAAAAAUUAGACUAUCAAGUGUUCAAUGUUCUUCAUCGUUAUGCAAGUCAAGUUGCCGCUCUAGACUUAGGUUACUCGUCAAACGUAGAAAUAAUCAAACAAAACAAACCAAAAAUUCUUUUCCUUCUGGGUGCUGAUCGUAAUCUUAUUACACGUCAAUAUUUAGCUCCCGAUAGUUUUAUAGUUUAUAUUGGUCAUCAUGGUGAUGCAGGUGCAUUAUUAGCUGAUGUCGUUUUACCUGGAGCUGCUUAUACUGAAAAAGAUGCUAUUUAUGCUAAUACCGAGGGACGUGCUCAACAAACUCGAUUAGCUGUAGUUCCACCUGGUUUGGGUCGAGAAGAUUGGAAAAUAUUUCGUGCUAUCUCUGAAGUAGUCGGUAUCACCUUGCCCUAUAAUGAUUUAAAUCAAAUUCGUUCGCGAAUCGGUCAAGUUGCUCCUGGUUUAUUAGAUUUAAAUACAAUUCAACCAUCACUCAAAGAAGUUCAAACAUUGGCUGAUAAUUUAUCCAAAAGUUCAAUUCAAACGAUGAAUACAAAUGAACCAAUUAAACUUAGUUUAUUAACACUAAAAGAUUAUUAUAUUACAGAUUGUAUUAGUCGAGCUUCUCAAACUAUGGCAAAAUGUGUGAAAGUUGUACAAGAGAAUGAAUAAAUAGCAAAAAUUAAUAAUAUACUGAAGAACAAUUAAACGUUAGUUCAAUUGUGUUUCCUUUGUUUGUUUUCUUCCCUAAAUUCUUCUAUUUCAUGUUUUAUUCUCUUCUUUUUUACACUUUAAACAAAAAAAUUAUCUGUAUUUUCACAAUUUUCUCAAUGUGUAGAAGUUUUCAAAAAAAAAAAAUAGUUAUUCUGAAUUUCAUAUAAACACGUUUUUUUUGAAAAAUGCAAUGAUUUAAUCUUGACUAGUAAAAUCUCUUUUUGAUGAUAUUAUGAUUAAUGAGUA